AUGGGUAUACUCUGUGGCGAUUAUGAAAUUUAUCGUGGCGAAUCCGCAGAUAUACUGGCUGAACCCCAGUGCGUAUUGGAGAUAAAUGCAGUGUUCGUGCAUGCUCAACCACUUUCAAAUGGGCAUGCCUUCCUCAAACGACUGGGGCGUCACUUCCAAGUAACAUCCCGACUCUCAUGCUGUCAAUCCAUCUUCACACCAUCCUCCACAUCAUCUUCAACGACGGUCUACGUCGGCAAUUCAGACAUCAACAAGCACGAGUAUUUUCCAUCACGGCGAAACAUGUUUUUCAACAUUCACAUCGGCGCUCUCCAACUCUUCUUGGCAGGACUCUUCUCCAUGUCCAGUGCUUGCCCCGAGGAGCCAGGACUUAAGAUCAUCUCCGACGAAGGCAACUUCAAGAUAAAACAAAGCCUCCGUCGUACCCCGGAUGUAUGCAGAUUUCUCGUACUCCGCGAUGUUUGCUACUCGUGUAUACCCUUGUGCAACGGCGAGGAAGCCUGCGUUGGGGUCGACAGAGUAAAUAUUGGAGAGGAACGGAAAAGGAUAGAAAGUGACAAGAACCGCGAUCAUGAGCGUUGUGGAUUCAUCACAAAAGAUGACAUUGGUCAUAUCAAGAACKCGACAGAUUUCUUGGUCAAGGAAGAGGGUUGGAUGAAGUCAUUGAGCUCUGGCAAUUGGACCGCCUCCUUUCUGUUUUUUACGACCGCGUUUGCGAGUCGGGACAUCGAAACCUUCAAAGAUUUCGUGGAUGGCUUCGCCGGCGAUGGCAAUCAGCCUGUACGACAGCUCUACUGGUCUCGUGGUCGCAACAUGAUGCUUCAAGUCAAGAAGGAAGGCUGCCAUCUCCAAGGCACGUACUGA